CCUGGCACGGGAAGGGGUCGCCCCUUUGCCUCCCGACCUGCCCGGCCCCGCGUGUCCCUGGGGACCGCUGCGGGGAGGGGACGGGGUGCCGGGGCUGGCCACACGCCGUGCUCCUGCAGGUGCUGACGGCGCUCCUUCUCCUCCCCAGGUCAACGACUUCUUGUCGGGACGCUCCCCGCUCACCCUGGCCCUGCGCGUGGGCGACCAUAUGAUGUUCGUGCAGCUCCAGCUGGCGGCCCAGCAGAGCAGCGGGCAGCUCCAGCACCGGCACGUCAUCGCCAGCCGCGGCGAGGCGGGGGCCGCCGCCAGCCCCCACUGCCGGACGCUGCACGGCGGAGCCGGCUCCGGCUUCGCCCGCAUCCCCGUGGUGCCUGCGUGCCAGCAGAGCCCGGCCCCCAGCCCCACGCCCGCCACGCCAGCCCCCCCCGUGUACUGUAACGCCCCCCACCCCGCUCCCGUCACCGCUGGGAUGUUCCGCUCGCACGGGGCCAGCACGCAGACGGUGAACAGCAGCGUGGUGUCCUCCUGCUCAGAGGUGGACUGCAGCACGCGCAGCGGCUCCCCCCCGGGCAGCAGCCCUGCCCCGAGCGCCCGCUCCCGCAAACCCGGGGCCGUCAUCGAGAGCUUCGUCAACCACGCGCCUGGGGUCUUCUCAGGGACCUUCUCCGGCACUUUGCACCCCAACUGCCAGGAUAGCAGCGGGCGGCCGCGGCGGGACAUCGGCACCAUCCUGCAGAUCCUGAACGACCUCCUCAGCGCCACGCGACACUACCAGGGCAUGCCUCAGUCCCUGGCGCAGCUCCGCUGCCAGACGCAGUUCUCCUCCUCCUCCUCUUCCACCUCGCCCCCCUCGUCCCCGGACCUCACCACCAAAACUACCUCAGAGCCGCUGCCGGCGGCCGCGGCCUCCCCGCCCCUGCACCCCGUCGUCCAGUGCCAAAGCCAGAUCCGGAUGUGCAAGCCCAGCGGUGAGCACGGGGAUGCGCCAGGGAUUUGGGAUCCGCGCUCAGACCCGUCCCAUCCCCUCCGGGUUCCUGGCUGGGGGGGUCCCUGCAGAGCCUGGAGCUGGCCCCGCUCCCCCCUGCGUUUUUCCACAAAGGGUUAACUCCCUGCAGUGCUUCGGGUACCGAGCCGUGGUUAUUAGGGGACGUUUUCUGGGGGCAUCCUCCCCUGGGGGGCAGGCAUGUGCCCCACCCUGCACCCCCCGGCCUUGGGGGUCCCCUGUGGAGCCCCCUGGGUGCUCAGGAUUUGGGGACACGGAGCUGGCAAGCCAAGGUUGUCACCUGUCCCAAGGCAGCCUCCUGCCUGCAGGCCCUGUGCCGCCUCCUCUCCUCCCCUGGGUUUUUUUUUUCCUUCUUCCUCUUCCUCCUCUCCCAGC